AUGUCCACACCACCACCACCACCGCCACCCCGCCGCUGGCUUCCCCCCUGGAUCGAACACCUCACCACCACCAUCCCCGUCCCCAAACCCCUCAACCUCACAACCACCCUCACCGCCCUCCUCGCAGCAGUCCUCGCAACAGCAAUCUGCCACCGGCAAGUCGGAAUCCAGGGACAGGCAGCAGAAUGCCUGUCCGAGGUGGUUUGCUGGGGGGUGUUGGGGGCGGUGGGUGCUGGGGUGAGGCGAUGGGGGGGUGGGCUUGGGUUGGGGUCGCGUGUGGGGGGGGAGGGGGAGGGGUGGGAGUUAGUUGGGGGCGGUGACGGCCCUGAGGGGGAGGGGGAGGGUGGAGGGAGGAGGGGGCGUGGGAGUGAGGGUCGGGGUUUGGGGGCUGGGAGGGUGGCGUCGGGAUGGUCGCUGGGGGUGGUGGCGCUGGCUUUGGGGGUGGUGAGCGCGUGCGCGGCGGAGAUGGGUGCGUUGGUGCUUUUUCCCGCCUUGACGCCGCUGCUGCUGCUAGCGGAAAGGAGGCUUCGGCCCGGGGCACAGGAACUCGAACCGGGACUCGCAGCUCUGGUCAACUCCGUGUGGGGGGCGGCACUAGUUGCAUUGGUUGCGGUCCUCGCCGUGGUGAGAGGAGCCUCCUUAGAACUAUUGCUGCAGAUUAUCCCGCUCGCGGCGCUGUUGGUUGUCUACGUUGCUUUGAUACCCAGGACCGACGGUCCUCGCUUGCUGCCAUGCAUCCCUGACCUCGAGUCGGCUGUUCCAGCCCUUGCCACCAGAGUCGUCGUUGUCUUGGCAGGGGUGUUGGGGAUACAGGCCUGUCACACCUCGUGGUGCACCGUUACUGCCAUCGGGACGUUCGGCUUGGUAGCCAGCCGCGACCUCUGGAUUCAGAGAUCAGAGCUGGAAGCUGUGUCACCAGUUGUAGCCUCGCUUCUCGUCCUCGCCCAGAUCAUCUUUAUGCUUCCCAAACAAUCCAAAGGCAGGUGGGCUCUGUGGGCGCUGCUCCUCCUCUCUCUUGUCCCUUACUUGGCCAGCAUCGUCGCUAUUCAACAAGCGAACUUAUCAGCCCUCCAUUCUGCGGAGCAUCCGAUCGAGGUCCUGGUGCGUGCCGCCAAGGUUGACUUCGAGCAAAUGCUGGCGCGGCAAUCCAAGACAUACGCAGCGGCUGUCGACGAAUAUAAACGUCGGUAUGGGGUAGAGCCGCCACCGGGAUUCAAGGAAUGGUACCAGUAUGCGGUGGAUAAUCAAUCCCCCAUCAUCGACGAGUUCGAUAUGAUUUAUGAAUCUGUCUCGCCGUUUUGGAGAGUCAGCGGCAAGGAGGUGGUACAGAUCAUGCACGACGCCCACAAGACGCCGGACAUUGACCUAUGGCUUUGCUCCUUCUCAGGUGCCACCGCCGAGACCCGUUGCGAGCACCCGACGCGGUCCUCGGACAGACAUACCACGGACAUGUUCAACAAGCUGCUGGGUGACCUUAAGGGGGUGCUCCCCGACGCCAAGUUCCUGGUGAACCACCUCGACGAGCCGAGGGUGGUGAUGGCGCCAGGAGCCUCGAACAAAAUCCCUUUUUCGGUAACCGACCUCUCAGAGAAACCAACUUGGGACGAAAUCACCAAAUUCUGCACCACUCCGCCGCAAAAACCCCGCGACAGCCCCCUCGAGGCCCUCGGUCUCCCCUUCGUCAUCAACCGCACCGCGACCCUCGACCUCUGCAAGCACCCCGAAUACGCCUACACGCACGGGCUCUUCCAAGCGCCACCCUCGUUCAAGCUCAUCGAGGGCCUCGUCCCCGUCCUCUCGACCGGCGCCCCCUCCACCAUGUCGGACAUCCUGAUCCCUUCCCCAGCCUACAUCGUCGAGCCCGAAUUCCUCUACGACCCCGCCGCCGACCUCCCCUGGGAAUCCAAAUCCAACCAGCUCUACUGGACAGGCUCCACCACCGGCGCGGUAGCCUCCUCCACCCACGACUGGCGCGGCUUCCACCGCCAGCGCUUCCUCUCCCUCACCCAAAACCUCCCCCCCACCAACAACCAACAACACCACCAACAACACGCCUACCUCCACCAAACCCCCACCCACCAACUCACCACCUCCAAGUCCACCUUCCUCAACCCCCGCCACUACCUCACCGCCCCCACCCGCCUCUUCCAAUGCCUGACCCCCCUCCCCUGCCGCCAACAGCGUUCCCAUUUCCGCACGCUCCCCUGGCAACCGCGCGACGCCGCCCUCGCGCACAAACUAGCCUUCGACCUCGACGGCAACGGCAUCUCCGGGCGGUACCUCAAACUGCUCGCGUCCCGCACCGCCGUGCUCAAGCAGACGGUGCUAAGGGAAUGGCAUGAUGAGAGGUUAAGGGCGUGGGUGCAUUACGUGCCAGUCAGUGAGGGGAUGGGGGAGGUGGCGGAGGUGGUGGGGUGGUUUUUGGGGACGGAGAGGGGGGGGGAUGUGGCGAGGGGGAUUGGGGAGGCGGGGAGGGAGUGGGUUGGGUAG